GUGCUUUGGCUUGGCCCAUGUGGGUAUUUGUCACAGUAUGCGCGCAAGCUUGCCAUGCAGUGCGCUGUGCGUGGGCUUUGGUUGACACAGCAACAAACCACCCUGGCGUGGCACAAGCCAUUGAAAAUAAUGGGUUUCAGAGUGCAGUGUUGCUGACAAUUCAAGUCAGUCAGUAGUUAGAGACUCUAAGGUCUGAAUAUCUGUCCUUGUUUCUUUGUCUCUUUGUUUUCAGGUAAACAAAGUCCUGAGGAACCAUCACAUUAAACCCCACUGGAUGUUUGCUAUGGAUAACAUCAUCCGCCGAGCUGUGCAGGCUGCAAUCACCAUCCUCAUUCCAGAGCUGCAGACCCACUUCGGCCCGGCAUCUGAGUGUGAGGGAGCAGAGAAGGAAGACGAAGUGGAUGAAGAGGAAACAGAGUUUGGUCCUGUUUUAGCUCCUGCUGCUGACGACUCAGGGACGUUAGUUGACCCCGCUCACUCCACGCCCAGCACGCUGAACUCGGCUCACUCCCAGGAGCAUCAACGCUCACAUCAUCAACUGGGAGCACAGCUGGGGCGGCUCAAACAGGAGACCAACAGAUGUCACGGUUGCUGUGGUGCCCCCUGCAGGCUGCUGGAGGAGCUGCUGCAAAAGGAGAAGGAGUACCAGCAGGUCCUGAAGGCCACACUGCAGCAGAGAACACACGACCUGGAGCUGGUCAGAGUCAGACACAGACCACCAGAAAUCUCACCUCCCUCCAUCUUCCAUAUCCCAGCGGACCACGAGCCGGACAAGCAGCUCACCGAUUGGCUGAAAGAGCAGGGGGCAGACGCUUACACCAUAGAUAAGUUUGUGCUGGAGGAAUACACGCUGACUGAUGUUCUCAACGACGUUACCAAAGAUGACCUCCACUGUCUACGUCUACGGGGCGGAGUCCACUGCCGCAUCUGGCGAGCCAUCCAGCGGCACCGAGAGCGAGAGAGGCUGAGGAGUGAUGAACGCUCUGAAGAUGAUGCAUGAUGGGAUAAAUGGACAACAAUGUCUCUACUUUGUGCCUCUCCACGGUGCCUUCUCAUGUUGUAGUCUGCGUUGUACGCACAGGACUGACUGAAGCUUAGUUUGACUGUAAAUCGCCAUACAGUGUCACACUUGACCAGACCAAAGCACAUUAGUACAGGUACUACUCCAUGUAUUUGUAUGUGCAUUUAAACGUGUAUGUGUAAGGAAAAAUGCAUCUUAGCAAACACAGAAACUGUUUCGAGUGAUACUCUCUUGAUUUUUCACAGCGAAUGCAGGUUUUUCUUUGAAAAAUAAAUCAAAAUGUCCAUAAAACCUUUUCAAACUGCUUCUGUAGCAUAAUCUGUUCAGUGGUGUCCAUUCAGAUUCUCAAUAUAGUUUACACAAAAUUUGCCAAAAUAUGGUUGCAUUCUUUUCAUUGUUACUCCACACACAUGACCCUGUUGAACUGGUAUUAGCGCAUCAUCCUCUUGUACUUGUACGUCAGAAGUGCUCUAUCAUUUGUCAUACUGAGCAGAGGGAUGGAAAGCAGAAAGAUGUUUAUGCAAGUUCCAGAAAACAUUUGGAAAUUUAAUCCAAGCACAGCCCUGUUUAUCUGUAAAUGAGUUUAUCUCAAAUCCGUAUCAUCAGUAAUAUAAAUUCUACAGAACUGGCAUUUACCCAAAACAUGCAAAACCAUUUGAAUGUUCUCCAAGAUCUUGUGACUCAUAGACUUGUCAGACUUCCUUUUGCAUUUAUCCCCUUGGUUUUCAGCCAAGAUGAUAAACCAUGAAAACUUUCUCCCAGCAGACUGAGUCAGGAUAAAUCCCUUCAUCAUUUACUGGAUACUUGUUAAAAAAUUGUGCGAUGAUGAUCUUCCACAUAAAACUGGAGAGCUCUGUUGUGUGGGAGUCGAAUACAUUUCAGCUGAAAGCCUAAUUUUUGUAAUGUAAAAAUAUAAUGUACCCACAUUAAGAUGUUCACACAUCCCGGCGGCCUUCACGUCACUGCCUUUACAUUUGAAUGCAUGUUAUUUAUUAGUUGUUUAAGAUUUUAUUUGCAUUCUUUAUGAAGUAACUUUUCUUUUCUCUGUGUACCUGCAUUUAUUUUUUUAUUCCAACUCUUAGGUAUGUGCUUGUCUGUUUCAUGAUUGCUUUAUAGCUGCAAUAAACUUGGAAAU